AUGAAAGUCAAUGAUCUUAAUCCAUACCGGCUCGGACGUCGCCCGGGUGAACAAGGUCCGCGUCCUCUGUCAGGUAACCAGGGCAGAGUCGAAAAGUUGGUUACUGGAAAACUUUCAAACACCAGAAAACCAAAACCAAAACCAAAUAACAUUUCAACUAGCACCAAUGGAAUGAGAUUAAGAAAAGAAAUCUUAACAAUCGGAACAUGGAAUGUUAGAACUCUAUGGGAAACAGGAAAACUAGAUCUACUCAGAAAUGAACUAAAACGUUUCAGAUACGAUAUAAUUGGUGUUUCAGAAAUUAGAUGGACAGGAAAAGGAGAAACAACUACUGGAGAUUUUAUAUGGUCAGGGGAAGAAAACAUUCAUGCUAAUGGAGUAGGGUUUUUAUUAAGCAGGAAUGCUAAAAAUGCUUUAAUUGGAUAUAAUCCAAUUAAUUCACUAAUAAUCACAGCAAGAUUUAAUGCAACUCCAUUUAAAAUCACGGCAAUUCAUGUAUACGCACCAACUUCUGCAUCUUCAGAUGAGGAAAUCGAGGCAUUUUACAACUGCAUCGCGAAUAUUCUAGCUAAGGUUCCUAAGAAAGAUCUUAUUCUUAUGUCUGGCGAUUGGAAUGCGAAAGUUGGUAACGAUAACACUGGAUGGAAUUCCGCGAUGGAUAAUGGUGGAGGAGAUAUAGUAAUAAAAGAAUUAGAAGAAAUUUCCCCACCAAUUCAGCAAGAAUCUCAUGAUAUCCUAUUUUCGGAGGUAGAACUAGCUAUACAGUCAUUAAAAAAGAAUAAAAGUCCUGGUUUAGAUGGAAUCCAAGCUGAAUUAUUACAAAAUGGUGGAGAGUCAUUAGCACAUGAAAUUCACAAAGUCUGUAAUAAAAUAUGGCAUAGCGAAGUGAUUCCAGAAGAUUGGGGAAAGUCAAUUUUGAUCCCAUUACCUAAAAAAAGGGAAUUUAUCAGAAUGUUCAAAUUACAGAACUAUUUCCCUCAUUAAUCAUAUUAGCAAAAUCUUUUUAAUAAUACUACUAAACAGACUUCAAUAUCAAUUGAAUUCCUAUCUUUCUGAAGAACAAUCAGGGUUCAGAAAAGAUAGAAGUACUGGUCAUCAAAUCCUAAUAUUGAGACUUAUAGCGGAAAAGGCAAAAAGGAAAAGUAAAAAGAUCUAUAAUUGUUUCAUAGAUUUCCAGAAAGCUUUUGACACUGUUAAUCAUAAAGUUUUGUGGGCAGUAUUGAAAUCUUAUGGUGUCGAUGAUAAAUUAACCAGGUUAUUAAAGGAAAUCUAUGGGAAAGCUCAGUCAGCUGUCAGAAUAAAUAAGGA